AUGGCAUCCACAACUGAGGACACAUGCCAACUUGAAAAAUUCAUCGUUACCGAGCAGGAGGAGGCGGCCAAUGCAGUCAGCUUUCCAGCGUCUAGCGGUGAAGACAGUACGUUCCAGGAAGUGGAGGAAGUCAAAAUGACUAUCAAGGCCUGGUCUUAUGGCUUUUCUUUCUGGAUCAUUCCCGUCUUCUCGGCAAUCGAGAGCGAAGUCGCUGUCAAAGUUGGGAUUGUCUCGAUCUCAGAUGUUACCUGGUGGAUGCCAUUGUACUUAUUUUGCAAUGCAAGUUCUCAGAUACUGUUCGCAUCAAAUUCCGACUUGUUUGGGAGAAGGUGGUUUCUUAUUGUCGGCAACAUCUUAGUGUUUACCGGGUUGCUUGUCAUCGGCGCUGGCGUAAACACGAAGAUGAUCAUGGCAGGCUGUGUUAUUCAAGGAAUUGGAGCAGGGCUGGCUCAGCUGGCGGCAUUCGCAUUACCCGAGCUCCUGCCGAAUCGACUCCGUCAUGUUGGCAUUGUAAUAUCUGAUAUCGGAACCUGGCUUGAUGUUGUUCUUGGUCCAGUAGCCGGCCGAUAUGCCAUCAGGCACGGUGAUCAGUGGCGUUGGCUCUUUUAUGGUCCUGCCAUCGGCGUCGCUGGGAUUGUUGCCACUCUCUACCUGGUUUAUUAUCCACCCAAACAUCCUCGCGGUAUCCCCUGGCACCAGGCGAUCAAAAAUCUGGACUAUGGUGGAGCAAUGCUGUAUUCGAUUGGGGGCUCUCUUGUGUUUUCGGGAAUUGUGCAAACGACCACCAUACCCGCUUCUGAUCCAAAAGUAUUUGGAACUUUAGUCUCUGGAUUUGGUGUUCUUGUCGCAUUUGCGCUCUAUGAGCAUUUCAUGCCCUUGAGGGCUGCUCUUACCCCGCCGCAUAUCUUCGCCAAAGAUAAAGGCCGCGAGUUCACCUUCCCUUUCAUUGCUGGCACAAUCUCAAAUAUGGGAUAUUUUGCAACUAAUGUUGCUUUCUUGACACAGGUUGAGGUAUUUUGGACUUCUCCAACCAGCUCUUUAUCGUACACGCUCGCCAUUAUACUACCGCAAAACCUAGGCUUGCCUCUAGGACAGGUAUUCGUCGGACUUUUCGGCUCAAAGAUCCGGCACUGGCGUACGCAGUACUUCGUUGCCAUCUUCCUUAGUGUCUUGUUCGGGACCUUGCUGGCACUCGGGACGAAGCAUAACAUGGCUUUGAUGAUGGUAUUCAGCUUCCUCUGCCAAUUCGGAUUCGGCUAUCAGGUACCAUUAAGCAUGACGUUCUUGCAGUUUGGUGCUCCCCAGACCGAGCUUGGCGUAUCUGGCGGUCUCGCCGGCGGUGGCAAGUGGACUGGUGCUUGGCUUGCCUCGUCUAUCUACACAACAGUCCUUUCCAACUCUCUAAGAAAUGAAUCAAAGCAUAAGGUGCCGGCUGCGGCAAUCAAAGCCGGCCUCCCUGCGGCGGAUGUGCCGGCCCUGAUGAUAGCUCUCAAUCAAGGUUCUGACGCCCUCGAGAAGGUGCCUCAUAUGACUGGCAGUAUUCUUGCCGCUGCUAGAAAUUCGCUGUUCGACAGUUACACCAUAGCUAUACGCAACGUUUGUCUCUGCUCCCUUGGGUUUGGUGUCGUCUGCCUCAUUGCAAUCUGUCUGUGCCAGGACAUCACUCCCAAGAUGACUCCCAAGACCGAAGUGUUUUUGGAAAACGACAUUAAUGCAGAGAAGAACAAGUACCACUAA